CCCUGGGGCUCCCUUACUUUGAGACUGGAGCCUAGGAGACAGGCAGAAUGCUUCAAACCAGCCAAGUACUACUAUCUCGGGUUACCUCCCCUUUGCAGGGCUCAGGAGCCCAGAGGCCAAUUUUGCGGUUUGAUGGAGAAGCUUUCCGUCUCAAAAGGACAGGGGAACUAAUACGGGCCUUGUUAGUGCUUCGGCUCUGUGCAUGGCCCCCACUGGUCAAUUAUGGUCUAACGCUUCUGUCUUGGUCCCGGAGGCUCCUGGGCUCCCGGCUAUCUGGGGCACUACUUCGGGCUUCAGUGUAUGGGCAGUUUGUGGCUGGGGAGACAACGGCUGAGGUGCAAGGCUCUGUCCAGAGGCUUCAAGGACUUGGGCUGCGGCCACUGCUGGCUGUGCCCACUGAGGAAGAGCCAGGGACAGAUCGGGGAGGGGAAGCCUGGUAUGAGGGAAACCUGAAUGCUAUGCUGCGUUGUGUGGACCUGUCCUGUGGGCCCCCAGGAUCCCUACCACCCCAGCCAGCCGUCAUGCAGCUCAAAGUGACAGCACUGACCAGUGCCCUACUCUGUAAAGAACUGACGCUCCGACUCAGGGAGCCUGGGACUUCCAAAGAGCUAAGUCCUGAAAGGUUUGCUUCCACCAUGGAAAGUGGUAAGGACCUAUGGAUUUCCAGUCUCAGCCCUGAGCAGAAUCAGCAUCUCAAAGCCUCGCUGAGCCGUUUCCAUCGCAUUGCUCAGUAUGCUCGGAGCCAGGGUGUGCGGCUGCUAGUGGAUGCCGAGUACACCUCUCUGAACCCAGCACUGACCCUGUUUGUGUCUUCCCUGGCUGUCCGCUGGAACUGCCGGGAGGAAGCUGAUGAGGAUGGGGCUCCCUGGGUGUGGAACACCUACCAGGCCUAUCUCAAGGAUACAUAUGAGCGACUGAAUCAGGCAGCAGAGGCAGCAGAGCAGAAAGGUCUGGGUUUUGGGGUAAAGCUGGUUCGUGGUGCGUAUCUGGAUUCAGAGAGGGCAUUUGCUCAGCAUAGCAAGACAGCAGAUCCUACCCAGCCCAACUAUGAGGCCACAAGCCGAAGUUACAGCCGUUGCCUGGAGCUGAUGCUGGGACAUGUUUGCCGCCGGGGCUCACGGUGUCAGCUUAUGGUAGCUUCCCACAAUGAAGAGUCAGUGCACCAGGCCGUUAAGCGGAUGUCAGAGUUGGGCAUUCCUCCGGAUGGUGCUGUUUGCUUUGGACAGUUGCUGGGCAUGUGUGACCAUGUCUCCCUUGCCCUGGGGCAGGCUGGUUAUGCCAUCUACAAGUCUAUCCCCUAUGGCUCUCUGGACGAGGUGAUUCCCUAUCUGCUUCGUCGGGCCCAGGAGAACCGAAGUGUGCUUCAAGGGGCCAGGAGAGAGCAGGGGCUGCUGAGCCAGGAACUUCUUCGGCGUUUGUCUCGCCGUCCUUAAGACAUCACCUCAUUUCUGGCCUUCCCUCUCUUCACCCCAUCUGACAUUAAAGUCUCUAAGAGAAAAUCACAUCUAA